AUGCGUUUAGGAGGAGAAUCUGAACCCACUCGUCAACAUUAUUGGAGUCAAAUGGGUGAAAAAAAUCGGUAUAAUGCAGUCGGUGUAAAAGAUGAAGAAGCAUAUUUGGACAGCGGGUUUUCACGAAGCGAUUGGAAUCCGAAAAUUACAGUUGGGCAAAUUUUCUCUAGUAAGAAAACAUUGUUGACGGAGUUACGGUUGACGGCAUUAAGAGGCCACUUUGAAUUUAAGGUGCAAUUCUCUUGCACUAAGAGGUUGCUUGUGGUUUGUUGUCAACGUCCAUGCCCAUGGCGGGUCCGAGCAUCGAGAAUUGGAGAAUACAGCUUCAUGAUUGUGAGGUGUACAACUGUCCAUGAAUGUGAUUUGAGGUUUGUAAGUGACAAGCAUCGUCAAGCAACCGCAGCACUUGUAGCCAGUUCACUUAAAAGGAAGUUGAAGGAUUGUCGGACAAUAUACACACCAAGUGACAUUAUGAGAGAUGUGAAACACAACUUUGGUUGCACCAUCCAUUAUUCGAAAGCUUGGAAAGCAAGGGAGUUAGCUCUAUUGUCCAUUAGAGGAUCAACGGAGGAGGCAUAUUAUAUCCUUCCAGCUUAUUGCUAUGAAUUGGAGCGUAUGAAUCCCGGCACAAAAACUGACAUCCGAACUGAUGAGAACAAUCACUUUGUGUAUUUAUUUAUGGCGGUUGGCGCAUGUAUUAGAGGGUUCCGUUCUUCCAUGCGCCCAGUUAUAGCCGUGGAUGCCACUCAUUUAAAAUCCAAGUACAAGGGUGUUAUGUUUGUAGCAAAUGCAUUCGAUGGUAAUCGAAAUAUAUAUCCUCUUGCUUUUGGGAUCGGGGAUUUGGAGACGGAUGCAUCAUGGCAUUGGUUUUUCACUAAACUUCAUGAAGCCAUUG